AUGUUGGGCAUUGAGCGUCCGCACUUCUCGCUGAGGGUCGAGCAGCCGCUGUCGACGUUCGCUGAGGGGAAUGCGCGGUGGACGAAUAAGGACUUGGAUCCAGUGCCAAAGCAUAACCGCAAAUGGGGGGUUACGAGUUUCCUGGCGUACUGGAUCUCGGAUGCGUUCAACGCGGCGACAUGGCAGUUCGCCUCGAGCAUCAUCGCAAUCGGCCUCACCUGGCGCGAGUCCAUCGGCAUCGUCGCGCUCGCCUUCUUCAUCAUCUCCUUCGUCAUCGCACUUAACGGCGCCAUCGGCGUGAUCCACCACGCGCCCUUCCCCGUGCUGGCGCGCGCCUCGUGGGGCUUCUGGGGCUCGUACAUUGCGAUUGUGUCGCGCGCGAUCCUGGCGGUUUUCUGGUUCGCGAUCCAGAACAUGAACGGCGCGAAUGCGGUCAAGUGCAUGAUUGCGGCCAUCUGGCCCUCGUUUCUGACGCUGCGCAACGGCAUCCCGGAGUCCCAGGGCAUCGAGACGAACACCAUGGUCAGCUUUUUCUUGUUCUGGCUCGUGUCGCUGCCGUUCUUGUGCAUGCAUCCGAAUAACUUGCGGUGGUUGUUUAUGGCCAAGUCGAUUAUCGUGCCGAUUGCAUGGAUUGCGAUUUUGAUUUGGGCGUUUGUGUCGACGGAUGGCGGCGAGAUGUGGAACCAGAAGGCAACGCUGUCGGGGUCGGCGUACUCCUGGGGCUUUUUGUCGAGUCUGACAAGUGUCAUUGGGAACUAUGCCACACUCUCGGUCAACCAGGCUGAUUUUUCCCGCUACUCGCGCGUCAGCGUCAAGUGGCAGAUCAUCUACGUCCCCUUCUUGCCCAUCGUCUUUACCUUCAUCGCCUUCAUCGGCAUCGCGGCGUCAUCUGCCGGCGCAGUCAAAUACGGCGAGCUGAAUUGGGACCCGAUCGCGCUCAUCUCGCACUGGGAUAACCGCGCGUGCCGCUUCUUCGGCGCCUUCAGCUUCGCACUGGCCGCGCUCGGCGUCAACAUCUCCGCGAACUCGCUGUCCGCGGCAAACGACCUGACCGCGCUGUUCCCGCGCUACGUCAACAUCCGCCGCGGCCAGCUGAUCUGCGCGGUCGUCGCCUGGGCGCUGGUGCCUUGGAAGAUCCUCGCGAGCGCGGGAAGCUUCCUGAACUUCAUGGUCGCGUACGCCAUCUUCCUUGGACCUAUUGCGUCGAUCAUGGUCUUUGAUUACUGGCUCGUUCACGCGCGCAAGUACGACACCCUUGCUCUGUACCAGCCGCACGGUAUCUACGGCUACACAUAUGGCUGCAACUGGCGCGCUAUCGUUGCGUUCCUUGUCGGCGUUGCACCCAACCUGCCGGGGCUGAUCAACAGCAUCAACCCCAGCAUCGAGGUUGGAGUGGGCGCGCGGCCGUAUCAUUUCGGAUGGUUCCUUGGCUUCGUGUCCACGAGCAUUGUGUACGUGGUGCUCAGCAUGUUCGUCGCGCCGCCGCGGCAAACAUUCAUCGACAAGGCUGUCCUGCCAGACGAGAUCUACGACCAGCAGGGCUAUGUGGACGAGGGUCUCUCGGUGGGCGGGAGCGGCAGUGGCGAGGAAGGCGUUGCGGGCGAGAAGGCUGGGUGGAAGGCAAGGCUGACCAAGAUCCUGUAG